GACGAGCGACGCACGUCUGUUUUUACAUUAAGAUUUUUGUUUUCAAUUUUCGUGAUAUAGCUGUGUUAUAAUUAAGAAUGGCUGAAGAAGGAGGAGCUACGGGUGGUGCUGUGACGGAAAAAGUAGUACACACGUAUCCUUUGAUAAGGCACUCAGACAUGUCCGAAGAGAUGCGAAUUGAAGCUGUUGAAUUGUCAGUAACAGCAUGCGAAAAGUUUUCCCAGAACAAUGAAAUGGCAGCUCGUAUGGUCAAAGAGUCCAUGGAUAAAAAGUUUGGUCCAGCAUUCCAUGUGGUCGUCGGCGAGAGUUACGGUUUCGAAAUAACUUACGAGUGCACAACAAUAUGUUACAUGUAUUUUGGCGGGAACAUGGCUAUUUGUAUUUGGAAGUGUUCGUGAGUGACAUUUUUUCUUUUGUAGAAAUAUUUCCAAAGAUUCGUUACGUUUACCAACACGGAUCUGACCGGUUUCUUGUGCUGAAACUAAUACCUAUGAAUAUAAUAUUAAUUAUGCCGACGUUUUAAGCCGUUUUAAAAUUAUUGUGCUUUAAAAAAGAGCUUUUUGUCCUCAUGAAUGGAUAAAUAAACAAUAUACUUUAUUUUCAAUAGAAUUUGUAAAAUGAAAAGGUUCAUAUCGAUAACGCCUCGCAGAUUAUAAUUGUAAGCACUUUUUUAUUGGGUUAUUUAUAAAAUGUUAAAAAAUUAAUAUUUUAUAAAAAAAAGUCAUUACAUGUUAAAUAGAUGAAAGUAAAACAAUAAAAUGUUAAUAAUAAAAAAAAACUACAGAAUCACCAUACAAAGUACCUCUUUAUAAGCUUAGCUCUCAAUUCUCAUCUACAUGUUGAUUCACCAAUCAGAAUUUCAUCCCCUAUCUUACGCUCGAUAUGAGGGUUGGUCGCAAACGAAUCUCUUUUUUGCGAUCAUCUUACCUAGAGAUUUAUUAUAACGUUAAUGCUAACUUAGUAUAUUGCACUAGGCCUUAAUGGUAUUUAUUGUUAUCUAAAGUUAUAAGUAUUUUUGGAUAUUUGAUUUAGCCUAUAACUAGAUGUAGCAUGUAAUCAGCAAUCAUAACAACUAACAAUAAAUGGAUAAAAUGUCUUAUCAGCUGCACGAUUAUCUAAUAUUUUUCAAAAUCAAGAAUGCCUACAAAUAAUUAGUAACUUAAGUUACAUAAAAAAAUAUUGUAUAAACUAAAAUACUUAUUAAAACAGCCUUCAUGAUUAUAGGGCAAAAAUUAUCAACGUAAUAUUAUUCGAAAUAGAAUAGCAAAUAUAAUUAUUAUUAUUUAUUCAGGAGCAUAGAAUAAAAAGUAUAACCAUUGAAAUUUAAUUUCAAAAUGUUUUAGCAUACAAUUUUUAUUAUAUUGACCAUUUUAAGAACACCAAGGAAAACAAAUAUAAUGCCAAACUAAAGUUAAUUAACCUUGAAAAUUAGUUUUACGGCAACAAUCGUUCUUAGAAACAUGAUUCUGUUGUCAUGUUAAUGCGGAUGCCAUUGCGGUGUCUAUUUUUAAAAUAAUUUUGUCAAUUACCUUUGACUAUGAAAUAUAAUUAUGUUUCAAGGAGUUUGAGAUUUAAAGGUCAUUUGAUACUGAUUACAUUUCUACACGAGAUAAAAGUUUUAUAUUUACGUAAUAAAAUAAUUUGUUUGCAUGGAACCUGGAAAUUUUGAAUAAAAAAAAAAUUACAAAGUACUUUCAAUGUUAUGUGCUCUUAUUUGGUCAUUGUUAAGAAAAUAAUAACAAAGCUAACAAAUUAGCUAGUUAGGUAUAACUAGCAGUUUAUAUGUAAUUUUUAAAACAAUGUACAAAAUGUAAUCAAAGCCUGAUGAUGAAUAUGGAUGCCAGAUCGUUGUGGAACUUUGCCUUUAUCUUAUAGAUAAUAUAUUUAUACAGAUUUGUAUGUACUUGUAGAGUGAAGUGAGAAGAAAAUAAAUUAUAA